UCGCAGCUCACGUCAGACCAUCUUAAUCGAGCGUGAGUGCUUGUGUUGAUAUCGGCCGCUGCUGUCCCGUCCAUUUGCUAACGUUCCGGGACUGAACUUGAAGCCCCAGUAUGUUUUUGUCUGCUGCUGUUCGCUCUGCAGUAUCGCAGACGACCAGGCACGUCAGGAAUUUGCAUCGGUCUGCUGUGCGUGCUGGAGCUGGUGGCAUCUUCGUGCACAGAGAUACUCCUGACAACAACUCUGACACUCCUUUUGAGUUCACUGAGGAGAACAAAAAGAGGAUUGAGGCGAUCAUUUCAAUGUACCCUGUUGGACACAAGCAAGCAGCCACAAUCCCAGUGUUGGAUGUAGCCCAGAGGCAACAUGGAUGGCUUCCUCUUUCUGCCAUGAACAAGGUCGCAGAGGUGCUGGAAAUUCCUCCAAUGAGAGUGUAUGAAGUAGCGACCUUCUACACGAUGUUCCUGCGUCAGCCCGUGGGAAAAUACUUCAUUCAGAUCUGCACGACAACACCCUGCAUGCUGUGCAACUCAGACAGCAUCCUGGAGGCCAUCCAAAACAAACUGGGUAUCAAGGUCGGAGAGACUACUGCAGACAAAAUGUUCACGCUAAUAGAAGUGGAAUGUCUCGGUGCCUGUGUGAAUGCUCCAAUGGUCCAGAUCAAUGACAACUAUUAUGAGGACCUCACGCCCAAGGACAUUGAACACAUUAUUGAUGAACUUAAAGCUGGCAGAGUCCCACCACCUGGGCCCAGGAGUGGCCGUUUUUCAUGUGAGCCUGCAGGUGGGUUGACUUCUCUGACAGAGCCUCCUAAGGGACCAGGCUUUGGUGUAAGACCGGACCUGUAGACAUUUUUGCCCGCCAUCAGCAGUGUUUUUCAAACGCAACUUGUCCCUGAAGCUGAUGUUACGUUUAACUCAAACAUAUUGUGUAAAUAAACUGCUCAUGUAUCUACA